GUUGACCCCGCUGCCGGAGCCUCAGACCUGGGCACCACCGCCACGGUCCAGGCACUCGAAGAAGCCCCUCUCCUCCGAGGUGGAGCUGCGGGGACACAGCAUCUCACUUUCAUCAGCACUGUUGAAAGAAGAAGAAAAAAUGCCAGUCCUCUCUCCAGAAAUCAAAUUUGCUACUUCUAAUGUCACCAGAAAUUCCCUUAACAGUUGUUUUCUUUUUGAGAGUAGCUGGAGGAAAGCAGUUUUAGAAACACAAAAGAUGAAGAAAGAAUACACCACAGCAUUUGGUCUAGAAGAGUUCAAAGAAUGUGUCAAAAUGCCAUAUUUACCAAGACUGCAGAAUUGCCCAAAAAGUGUAAGUUCAACUCCACUGGAAGUUCAUCCAAGACUGCUUCAUGCUAACACCGAGAUGCCUCCAGUCAGCCAGUCUAGUGAGAACAUGUCAAGUUGCGUGCAAGUAUUUUAUUCUCCUCUGCAUAUUGCACAGCACUCCAUGAAUGAACAGCCAUGGCAAAGCAGGAUAAGGAAGACUAAGGAGGCCUGCACCAUGGUACCACUUCAAGAGAAACCAAAGAGAUUUUUAAGGCAUUCUAAUUCUUCAAUCAAUUUUGGUUCUGGCUUCAGCGAUCCUCUUGCUGGAGCAUCAUCUCAAUACUUACAGAGACUUUCCAAAAUGGCCAUAUUGGAGUAUGAUACCAUUCGUCAAGAAACUACUAGAAAAUCCAAAAAGAGCAAGAAACGAUACCUGCGAGACUGCUGAUAAGUAUCACAUGGUGCAAUGGUUUCUUCACUGACGUCUAAGGUUUAUAUAUC